GUGUGCUACUUGGUGACGUUAGGUGGUCGCUCGUGUUGUCCCCCUUAGGCCUGUGGAUGCAGCUCACUACAGAGGAGAAAAUAGAGCUUGGACUCAAAGCGGAGGGAUCAGACAAUCCUGCAUUUGUGGGUAAAGAGAGUGAUGAACAGCCACAGCUGACAGUGGAUGUCGAGGAGCCACACACAGAGACUCCCGAGGAGAAUGCGGACAAAGGAGUAGAUCUGGUUUACUCCCUCAAUGACAGGCCCCCAUGGUACCUCUGCAUCCUGCUUGGCUUCCAGCAUUACAUCCUUGCUUUUGGUGGCAUCAUUGCUAUCCCUCUCAUCCUGGCUGAGCCCCUCUGCAUUAAGGACAACAACGCUGCCAAAAGCCAGCUCAUUUCCACCAUAUUCUUUGUGUCGGGGUUGUGUACACUGCUGCAGACAGCUGUCGGUGUCAGGUUACCGAUCCUCCAGGGAGGGACCUUCAGCUUCAUCACUCCGACCCUGGCCAUUCUAGCUCUGCCCAAGUGGCAAUGUCCAGACCCAAAGGCGCCGGUGAUGCUGUCUGUGCAUUUACAAAAUGCCACCAGAUCACAGCUUAUGGAGAACUCUGACGAAGUCUGGAUGUCCCGAUUGCGAGAGAUCCAGGGGGCCAUACUGAUGUCGUCGCUGAUCCAGCUCGUCCUUGGCUUUUCCGGGCUUGUGGGCUUAGUGCUAAAAUACAUCGGACCUCUGGCUAUCGCUCCCACCAUCAACCUGAUUGGCCUGUCACUGUUUAUCGAAGCUGGAAAGAAGUCUGGAGGUCACUGGGGUAUAGCUGCUCUGACUGUGUGCCUGAUCCUCCUCUUCUCCCAGUAUCUCAGCAAAGUCAACGUUCCAAUGAUUGCGUACAAGGACAAGAAGUGGAAGGUUUUCCAGUAUCCACUCUUCAAGCUCUUCUCUGCUUUGUUUGGGAUGUGUGGAGGAUGGCUGGUCUGCUUCCUGCUCACCGUCUUUGACGUCUUGCCUUCCAAGUCCACCGAGUACGGCUACUCGGCCAGGACUGACAUCAGCCUGGAUGCUGUGACAAAUUCUCCGUGGAUCAACGUGCCUUACCCAGGUCAGUGGGGCAUGCCCACACUGAGUGUUUCUUCGGUGCUGGGCAUGAUGGCAGGCGUCUUGGCAUCGACCAUGGAAUCAAUUGGUGACUACUAUGCUUGUGCUCGUUUGUCCGGCGCCCCUCCACCACCGACUCAUGCCAUUAACAGGGGAAUAGCUGUGGAGGGCAUCGGCUGCAUCAUCGCCGCACUGUGGGGAACUGGAAACGGUACCACCUCCUAUAGCCAGAACAUUGCUGCACUCGGCAUUACCAAGGUUGGCAGCCGACUGGUCCUCCAGACAACUGGCAUUCUCAUGAUCUUCCUGGGAAUCUUUGGGAAGUUUGGCGCAGUUUUUAUUACCAUCCCCGACCCAGUCAUUGGAGGCAUGUUCCUUGUUAUGUUUGGAAUGAUUGCAGCAGUGGGGAUUUCAAAUCUUCAGUAUGUGGACCUGAAUUCAUCACGUAACCUUCUCAUCCUUGGCUUCUCUACCUUCAGUGGACUCGUCUUACCUACCUGGUUUCACUCCAAUCCAGGUGUCAUUGAUACAGGAAUAAAAGAACUGGACCAAGUGAUCGUGGUGCUCUUCACAACACACAUGUUCAUUGGAGGAUUCUUCGGGUUCGUUCUGGACAACACCAUUCCAGGUACUGACAAAGAGAGGGGCAUCAACAGUUGGCAGGAAAAGGUGCAAGAUGAUGGCAAAAUGGCUUGUGACCUGUCUUGCUAUGAUAUCCCUUUCUGUAACGGGAUUUUUAAAAGGUUCAGAUGUUUCCAGUACCUGCCAUUCCUCCCUUCUUACAAGUCCACCCAGCAGUCUAAGUAACCAGAUGCAAACUUAGACUGAAGAAUUGAUGCUGGCCCUUUGGCUCUUUUAAGCCAAACUGUAGUUACCUAGUUACGAUUAAAACAACAUUUUAUAUUCAGGUAUACAAAAAUGUCAGUGUGGGGCCAUUGCAUGUUUUUUAAAUUUAGUUAUCAGAUUUCCCAAAUGGCAAAAUGAAAGUGUAAAUCUUUUUAAAUUGUUUAAAACCCUGAAAAUAACACAGCAAUUUAUUGUUUGCCUUCUUCGUGAAUACCUGGGCAAUUCAGGCUGAGCUGAUGUCUGACCCUCUUUAUUACUGUACUGUAAGAUGUAUUUAAUGGCUAAACUAGCAAAGAGCAGUAUGAUACACCGAGAAAGGUCCAGUGCAUAAAAUUUUGUAAACUGAAUACGAUAUCUCGACUAUCUGCAUUGAUGUAUUAUCCUCACCGAAGAAUAAUACCUUUAAAUUACAUGGGGAGCAGGUCCUCUUCCAUGGAGUCUGCCAUGUUGUACCUCCAUAUUUGUACAGUAGCCCACAAUGGACAUAUCAGACUCUGGCUUUAAGGGGGAGCUGUUGCAUGUUUUUGUACAGUGGUCUCUCGUACACAUUUGGAUAGGGAGUCUGUAGCUAAAGGAAAUCAUUUGAUUGCACUUCCUACACACUGAUCCUUUGAUAACAGGCUAAAAUAAAGUUAAUUUGACAGUAAAUGCAUGCAGAUUUGGCGAUUAGGCACAAUUGGACACUGGGUGUGAGAGUGGACAGUUGUCUCUAUGUGGCCCUGUGAUGUCCAGGGUGUA